AUGGUUAAGCGGCCUUCAAAAAAAGUCCAUCUGGAUCCGAAUGAUCCAAAAAUAACAAGUAUAAAAGGUAGCGUAAGCAGGUUAAGGGAUUCUAGCACUUUUAAUUUACUUUUAAUCUUACAUCUGCAAUUUUUAGAAUCGUCUUUGACAGCUGGACCAUGUCCAAUCUGUGGAACUGUAAUGGCUACUCGUCACGGAAUGCGACGCCAUUUUAAAAUUAUGCACAAACACGCUUUAUUUAUCCCCCUUUUAGAAGCUGAAGCCUCUGCUUGCAAAAUUUGCGGCCGAAAAUUUCUUACUACUUUUGCUAUACAGCGUCAUAUGCGGCGGGUACAUCCCGAUGAGAUGAAUGACACUCCCCCUUUCCGCAAUGUAGAUGGUGAAAAUCCUACUAGUUGUCCCUUUUGUUUCAAGAAUUUUAGUGGCAAACAAAGUCUUGAUCGUCAUUUACGAAUCGUACACCAGCAUGUUGAAAUCGGAAUAUGCUCCAUUUGUGACAAAACAUUUUCUAACAAGUUUGCAAUGAAACGCCACUAUGAAAAUGUUCAUGCAGAGUGGAUUGACCAAUCAAUCUUCCUGAGAGAAACUUCAUGUAAAAUACGGUCAGUAUAUGUACAAACUUGUACAUUUUUGCUAAUAAAACGUUAUUUCUGUAUGAGUAGGUCUUUUUUUCGACGACGUAUCACAUUUAUGUGA